GUGACUCAAGGUGGUCGGGGUCGGUCCUGUGACUCUGGUGGCAUCGUCCGGUAGUUAUAGCUAUGAUAGUAGAGUUGUAAAUGUAGGCUAAAGUUAGGUAAUUGUACGUCAUCGAAGAAAAUAUAUUUAUGUUCAUAUACUGAAGAGAAUAGUAGUCUUGAGGUAAAGAGUAACAAUGGAUAAAAAAUCAAUAAAUAAAGAACUUUUUGAAGAGGCCAGAAGAGGUAAACAAAGCCAUGGGAAAGCUAGGUUACCAGAUUCAUCAACAGUGUUGUUGGACGAAUUUGGUUUAAAAACCAGGGGUGUGAGUGGCCGAGCCCUGCUGCUUGUCUCCGUGUUGGCUGGGAUGGUGCUGGUUGUUGUCCUAACCAGUCUCUACCUCUACCAGACAUCUCCCUGGACCUCCGAGGAUCAGUAUGUGUUGGUGGCUCCUGACGUCACCAGCCUCCCCCCUCCCACCCCCUCUGUACUGGGAAGGUUCAGCAAAGCCGCCGUCGUCAGCAACGGGCUGCCCUGCGCUGAGUUUGGAAAACAGAUGUUGGAGAAGGGAGGCUCGGCUGUAGACGCAGCCAUCGCUACAUUGCUGUGUGAUGGAGCAACCUGUCUACACAAUAUGGGGCUGGGCGGGGGCUUCCUCAUGACUAUAUACAACAAGACGACUGGUACAGUUGAGACUCUCAAUGCCCGAGAGACAGCCCCAGCCGCUGCCACAGAAGACAUGUUCCAUGGCAACAUCACUCUCUCUACCAUAGGUGGACUAUCCAUUGCCGUGCCAGGAGAAUUAAGAGGUUAUCAAGCUGCUUGGGAACGCUACGGCAGACUGAAAUGGCACAAACUGUUUGAACCCACCAUUCAAAUGUGCGAGGAGGGAGUGCCCAUCGGUAAACAUUUGGCUAAGAACUUAGAGGUGAUGGAGCAGGAAAUUAGAAACAGCAAGACAUUAAGUGCCAUUUUGCUAUUGGGAAAUGGAGAGCUACCAAAAUUUGGAGAAACAAUAAAACUGCCGCUUUUGGCCAAGACAUUGCGCAGAGUUGCUUACAGCCCCCUCAUGGCUGAUGAGCUAUACAAUGGAGGUCUCACAGAAGCCUUCAUCAGUGAUAUCAAGAGUGCCGGAGGAAUCAUCACAGCCCAGGACUUAGCGGACUACAGAGUGAAGUGGCAACCACCCAUCAAAGCGCCUCUUUCCAACAAUCUGACUCUGUACUCGAUGCCACCUCCUGGCUCUGGGCUGCUGCUGGGCUUCAUGCUACAGUUACUGGACGGAUUUGUCACCAAGGACAUGGACGAUGUCACCGUGGUACAGAGGAUAACUGAGGCCUUCAAACAUGCGUACGGCAGACGCACUGACAUCGGCGACCCUCACUUCUCAGACAUCACACAGGUGAUCAAGGACUUGACAUCUCCGGAGUACAUAAUGAAGAUCCGAGCCCGGAUCCAGGACAACAAGACGUCACAGGACCCGCGGGACUAUGGAGCUCACUACGUGAUGCCAGAGGACCAUGGGACAGCCAACAUUGUGGUUGUAAGUCCCGAAGGAGACGCAGUGGCUGCUACUAGCACAGUCAAUCUGCUGUUUGGCAGCCAGUUUGCUUCUCUUAGCACUGGGAUAAUUUUGAAUGAUGAGAUGGAUGAUUUCUCUGCUCCUGCGAUUACCAACUAUUUUGGAGUCCCCCCGAGUCCUGCCAACUUUAUAGCUCCAGGGAAGCGGCCGAUGAGUUCCAUGUGUCCCUCGCUGAUCAUUGAUGGGAACGGAGAUGUGAGGUUGGCCAUCGGUGCAGCCGGUGGAACAAAAAUUACUACAUCAACUGCACUGGUUACAAUUCUGAAUCUCUGGUUUGAUAAAAACAUCAAGGAGGCCAUUGACUACCCUCGGUUCCAUCACCAGUUGGAACCAAUGAUUUUUGCCUAUGAAUACGGACUCACAAAGGAUGUAGUGGAUGGAAUGAAGAGUAUAGGACAUGUUACUAAACGCAUGCCAAUAGCGUGGAGGUCUUGUGUGACUGCGAUCGCUCGCAACGGAACACUUACCAGCAACUCAGACAACCGCAGGCCCGGCUGCACCUCAGGCUUCUAACUCGAGGAGAUAUCUAGUGAUCCUUAGGUUAGCUGUUUAAAACAGUAAGCUUACUAAUAUUUAUGUUCUUGUUUGAGUCAAUGUAUAUACUAAACCUGCUAAUAUUUAGCAGUUAUGAAAAGUAAAUUAUGAAUAAGAAUUUAAGGUUCAGUAUUUUGUGAUAUUUUUACGUGUAGAUAUUUUAUUCUCUGUUUUGAUAUUGCAUAGCAUUAUAUUUGAUAUUAUUAUUUAGUGUCAGUGUUUGUAUGUUAUUUAUAAAAUACAAUAAUAGUACAGGUUUUAAGUUCUAGGGCUUAAAACCACUGAAAUUUAAACAAUAAACUUUCUUAGUAAAGGUAUACUCAAUGAUGUAGGAAGGAACUGUUUGAGUUGGAUUUGUCAACACUUUAUGUAAGGAAGAGGAUUUUUACUGUGAUUUAUGUAGUCUUCUUUUAUAUAAGAUAAUCAUACAAUGUAAAAUAGACUAUCAAGUAGAAAAGGAAUAGAAUAGUAGAAUAGGGGAAUACUGAUGUAGAAUCAUAACUUAUGCUUAAAGUUUGCUUAAACACUUUGUUGGAUUCGUGUUGGGCAAACAAUCUAUUACCCCUAUUAGGUUAAACUGAGAUAUGCUCCUGAGGAUUGAUUGUACCAAGUUCAAAAAUUAAUAUUGUCAUUGGUAUUUUCCUCAUGGAAUGGAGUUACGUAACUUGGUUAUUGACUUAGCUGAUUUCACUCAUAAUGUGUUUAAAUAUUCACCUAAUUAACUGUGCAAUGUAAUGCAAACGGAUAAGGAUACUAUGGUGAUUUUCUAACAAAAAAAAAAUAAUAUUACAAUAAAUAUCUUUUUUUAAAUGUUUGCAUUUACAAACAAGUAAUUUUAUUAACAACCGAGAUAGGAUUUGCCGUAUUUAAGGAAAAAUAAUUACAGUAUCUAAUUUAGCCUACACAUUCAUAAUUUUGCAGUAAGCUUGUUUAUACAUUGAAAGCUAAUCUAGAAGAUACCUUAACAUAUAGCUACAAAUUUUAAUAUUUAAGUAUUAAUUUUGACUCUAAAAUGCUUAUUCAAAGGAAAAAAUUGUACAUAGUAUUGUAGCUCUUUUAAACAGUCUUAGAAUAUGUUUUAUAUAAGGUUUUAGGAUUAAAACUUAACAAUUUUUACUCGUCUUGCUUAUGGUAUUUAAUUAGUUUCAAUGUUUUAUAUAUGAUGGAUUGAUAAAAAAGUUCUAUAAAUUAGAAAAAAGGGCUUAUUCUUAAUUUCCUGGUUGUCAAAAUAAUACUAAACAUAAUAUUCUCUGCUUAUAGAUUUCACAUUCUAUAAACCAGCUGAAGAUAAUGUUAUGAUAGGUAUGUUUUAUGU